AUGACACAAUCGUUAUUUGGGGCGGCGGUUGAGCGCGUUGAUCGUGUGGUUGGGGUAGUUGGUGCCGUCUUUGCUGGGAGUACGUUGUCGGGGCUCGGAGGGAUCGCCAUCUGGUGCCGUGGCUUUGAACUCGGGGCUGCGAAGUUUUAUGAGGUCCUUCUUUGGGCGGAAGGUGUGUUCGAAAACGGCUAUAAUGGCAGCACGGUCGAGACCGGGCAAGCGGGGGAGGACUGGCAAAACAAGAGAUGGGACCCUACCGUCGUCGAAGUCCUCGUCUGUGGUGAGAUCUAUAGGUGGGCGCUUACGCUGCCCGUCACCCGCAACAAGGGAAGCAGACACGGUGGACAUGAAUGA